GGAUGGAUAUGGAUACCAAUAUAUACAGUAAACUGGUGAAAUUUGCAGAUGACACCAAGGUGGGUGGUGUAGCAGAUACUGAAUUAGUGGCUCAGCAGCUACAGCGGGAUCUUGAUUUAAUUAGUGACUGGGCCGAUACCUGGCAGAUGAAAUUUAACGUUGAUAAAUGUAAGGUACUCCAUCUAGGGAGCAGAAAUAUAAAGUACAGGUAUUUCAUUGGUGUCACUGAAAUAAAGGUAGCUGAUCAUGAGAAAGACCUUGGUGUGUAUGUUGAUGCUUCCAUGUCCCAUUCUCGCCAGUGUGGGGAAGCAAUAAAAAAGGCCAAUAGGAUGUUGGGGUAUAUCUCCAGGUGUGUGGAGUUUAAGUCAAGGGAGGUAAUGCUAAGAUUAUACAAUUCCUUGGUGAGACCUCACCUAGAAUAUUGUGUGCAGGUUUAGUCACCAUAUCUUAAAAAGGACAUUGUGGCCUUAGAAAAAGUGCAGCGUAGGGCCACAAAAAUGAUUCCUGGUCUUAGAGGAAUGUCAUACGAGGAACGGUUACUUGAGCUAAAUCUGUUCAGUCUCAAGCAAAGGAGAUUGAGGGGGGACAUGAUCCAGGUAUAUAAGAUUCUAACAGGUUUGGAUGCUGUUCAACCAAAUAGUUACUUCAGCAUUAGUUUAAAUACACGAACUCGUGGCCAUAGGUGGAAAUUAGCGGGAGAACAUUUCAAGCUGGAUUUAAGGAAGCACUUCUUUACGCAGCGUGUAGUCAGAGUAUGGAAUAGCCUUCCUGAUAAUGUAGUGCAAGCUGAAUCCUUGGGUUCCUUUAAAUCAGAGCUAGAUAAGAUUUUAACGACUCUGAGCUAUUAGUUUAGUUCUCCCCAAGCGAGCUUGAUGGGCCGAAUGGCCUCCUCUCGUUUGUGUAGUUCUUAUGUUCUUAAAACCCAUUAAGUCUCAUCAGUUAGUGUACCAAUUACUGGACGCUCUCAUGCUACCUGAACGGGUGGCAAUAGUGAAGUGCCAGGCCCACAGAGAGCAGACUGAUGAAAUCAGUCAGGGAAAUGACCUCGCAGACCAGUGGGCUAAAAGUUUAGCCAAGGACUCCACUGGGUUUGGGGAUAAGGUUUUGCUGGCAAAGAAUGUUGAUAAACCAUGCUCUGAAAAUGACCUUGUUUUGAUUCAAACAGGUGCAACGGAGGGUGAGCUCCGCGGAUGGAAACGGAGCAGAGCAUGGAGUGAUAAAGAAGGCGUGUGGCGACAUUCUGGGACUAACCAACCUUAUCUUCCUAGAUCUGCAUAUCCAGGGAUGGCCAAAGCCGUUCAUGGCCUGGAUCAUGUGUCUCGUGAGGGGAUGGUGGCAGCUGUGACUCAGGUGUGGCAUGCCCCUGGGUUUGCCACAGCUGCUGCCCUAUUCUGCGGGAAGUGUAUGGUGUGCAUGAAAUUCAAUGUGGGAAAGGGCAUUCCAACUGUCCCUGCAGUGACCCUGAGUCCCCAAAGCCCAUUCGAUCACCUGCAGAUAGAUUUCAUUGAGCUAACACCGUGCAGGGGAUAUAAGUAUUGCUUGGUGAUUGUAGAUCUGUUUUCCAGAUGGGUGGAGGCAUUCCCUUGCCGUCGCCCUGAUGCUCCGAGUAUGGCUAAAUGUCUGUUAAAGGAGGUGAUUCCACGAUGGGGCAUUCCAUCUAAAAUCACCACAGAGAACGGUCCGGCGUUCAUCACAGAGACCCUGGCUAAAUUGUCCCAUUGGAUGCAAAUUGAUUUAAAGCAUUAUUGUGCCUAUCACCCCUCGAGUGGGGGGAUUGUGGAGAGAGCAAAUCAGACACCAAAACUGAAACUGGUGAAAAUUUCAGAGACGAUGGGCCUGCCCUGGGUGGAUGCCCUGCCCCUGGCUUUCUUAUUCAUGCGAGCCAGGACACACCGCCAGACAGGGUUGACAGGAAGGCUGAUGCGUGUUUUUUCUCCCUCACGAUAUGUCACACUGGAGACUGUGGAUGGGGAUUUGCUGACUUAUCUUACAGGUUUGCGGCAAGCGAUAGGUGCAGCCUGUGACCAGGUUCGUGCGAAUUGUAGAAAUCCAGAAGGAGAGCCGCUAAGAGCUGUGACACUGCUCAAACCAGGGAGCUGGGUGUUAGUUCACGACCUGAGGAAGAAGAGAUGGAACACGCCGAGAUGAAGGGGACCACACAAGGUUUUGAUGGUGACCCCUCACACAGUGAAAAUGGAGGGAAUCAACACCUGGGUCCAUCAAGUCCACUGCAGACGCGUGUCCAACCCUGGUGGUUAUUUCGAGAUUGGCCCUUCUUGUGACAGUUGUAUGUGGGAUCGAUGCUAUUUGUGGUGGAGAACUGCUUAUUCCAGUUGUGUCACCCACUGUACUCCAACAGAGCCAAGCCCACGACAGGUUUUGGACCGAGGAAAAAGGGAGGUGAUGGAUGCUAAUGCUGAUGCUAAUGCUGUGAAGCUUUUGGCCCGAGCAGUGACUGCUGAGCAAUGGUUUGGGGUUUAUUCCAUCCCUUGGGGUGGCAGACCUUCAGACAGAGGGGGCUGCCCUGCAGACUGCAGUUGAAAAGGUGGCCAAUCAAACACUUGACACCGUGAAGGCCGUCUUGGGUGAAUUGUCAGCGGUUAGGCAGGUAGCUCUGCAAAACUGUAUGGCAUUGGAUCUCCUGUUGGCUGAAAAAGGUGGAGUUUGUGCUAUUGUGGGGAGAGAAUGUUGCACGUACAUCCCUGAUUCCACUCAGGCUGUGCAGGAUCUAGAGGACGUGGUGCACAAGCAGAUGUCUGCUAUACAUGAGGAGCAUGGCCUGUUUGAGUACAGCUGGGACUAUUGGUUCUCCUCACUGAUUCCGAGUUUAUCUGGGGUGUUCAGACCUUAGUUUUUCAUGUUUUGAUCUUGCUUGUAGUGUUGCUACUAAUCUUCUUGCUGUUUAUGUGUUGUUCUAGUAUUCUGUCUUUCCAGGCAAAUUCUGUUAUGUUCCUACGGGCUCCCCCUCUUCCCUACGCGGAUGAUCCUCUUGUUCCCGCCUGGCUCUACGAACCUCAGCCCCAGGACGUCAUCAAUGUGACCAGCAAUGCCAACACCGCUGGUGACUCCUGUUCCAUCCAGCCCCCACCAGCCCGCUUCGACCCACCACGCAUUUGUCCGGAAUUUUACUACGCUGUGGACUCUGAUUGUUUGUGAACUGUGCGGAUCUCGCAUGUUCAAAAGGGGGGAAUGUGGAAGUAAAAUUGGACAUUGGCAGGCACGGGAGGUUGGCAUAUUGGGUCUGUUAUGUCUUAGGCCUUAGGCAAGAAGAGAUUGUUUUGAAUACUGCGUGACCUUGCUUCGCGAUAGCUGCCUGCAGUAAGUUAGACUGGCAGACCCAGAGGAAAGCUUGGACCUUGGAGAGGCAGACAGCGGAACAAAAGGGGGGGCAGAAACCACCUGCAGGAGGAGAUUCAAAGCUGCCCCAACUGGUGCACAGUGAGUUAUAGCUUUAUAAAAUAGUUGUGGCAGACAAUAUACAGCAAGCUAUGCGGUAGUGCAAAUGUAUAAGUAAUUAUGUUAAUCAUACUAAUCAUAUGUUAACCAUGUAUUUGCAGUGAUUUAAUGACAAGGACGUCAAUAUGUUAAUCAUUAAUCAAUGGAACACCCAAACAUUAAUAGUGAUUCAAUGUCAUAUUAUCAAUAUCUAUAUGCAUAUCUCAAGUAGAGUCUAGAAGCCGAGACAGAUUCCGGUAAACUGAGCUAGAUGGGUGGAUUUUACCUUGCCACCAAGGUAAACCAAUAGAGCAGGAGAAUUGUGUUUGGUAUACGUUUGAGCUCGGUUUGUUGGUGUUUCGUGACCAAUCAGGAUUUAGACGUCCUUAUUGGGAAUUGGGAGUUAUUGUUUAUCAACUGGUUGCUCUGUGUGCUCUGGGUGACUUGGUACCAAGUACCAGAGUGUGACGGGAGCGCUUUGCCGAGUUGCUAGAAUAAAAGAGAUUUCCUUUACCUCAUCAAA